AUAAAUUCGCAUCAACUAAUCAACAUUCAUCAGCAAAAAAUAAGAGAGAGAGAGAGAGAAACAGAGAUGGAAAGAGUGUUUUCAAUGGAUGAGAUAGACCACUUCUGGUCGCCCCACCCUCAGCCGCGCCUCGGCGGCGAAGACGGCGGAGACGAGGCGGCAUCACGCCUUUCCUCCUCCGCCGCGAGCACUGCCGAAUCUAAGCUCGCAGGGAUGAACCGCAGCGCUUCGGAGUGGGCGUUUCAACGCUUCCUCCAGGAGGCCUCCGAUCGGACCACCACCACCACCAUACAGUCGUCGUCUUCCUCGACUCAUCACAACGAAGACGUCGCGGAGAUCAAAGGCGGCAGCAGCCGCCAUAAUUUAAUUGACGUAGGGGUCAAUGCAAAUCAGCAGCAGCCGAAGACGGCGGCGGCAGGGGCCCCACCCCCAAAUGUGUCGCCAGAUUCUGAGGAGUAUCAGGCCUACCUCAAAAGUCGCCUUGAGCUUGCGUGCGCAGCCGUUGCUUUGACUCGGGGAAGCAAUGUGAAGAAUCCAGUCUCUACAGUUGCGGCGCCGGACAACGGCUCUCAGGCUUCGAAUUCGUUGCAGCUCAGCCCUCUUGUUGCCCAUAAAGAUUCAGUAAAGGUACAAGAUAAGGAUGGUGGUGGUGGUCCAGUCGGUAUACCUCCGCUCCCUGCUAUCUCUAAGAAAUAUGGGGUUCAAGUGAAGUCAACAACAAGUGGAUCAUCAGGGGAACAGUCUGAUGAUGAUGAAGCUGAGGGAGAAAAUGAAUCAACUCAAAACAUGGAUCCUACAGAUGCCAAACGCAUGAGAAGAAUGCUUUCAAAUAGAGAAUCAGCUAGACGCUCUAGACGAAGAAAGCAGGCCCAUUUGUCUGAGCUUGAGACGCAGGUUUCUCAAUUAAGAGUUGAGAACUCUUCUUUACUUAAACGCCUCACCGACAUAAGCCAUAAGUACAAUGAAGCAGCUGUUGACAAUAGAGUUCUGAAGGCUGAUGUCGAGACACUGAGAGCAAAGGUAAAAAUGGCUGAAGAAACAGUUAAAAGAGUCACUGGGUUGAACCCACUGUUCCAAGCUAUGUCAGAGAUCUCCACAAUGGGCAUGCCCUCUUUCUCCGGCAGUCCCGACACUUCAGCUGAUGCAGCUGUACCUGUGCAAGAUGAUCCGGAGCAGCACUACUACCACGCCCCUUCCAGCAGCCAGGCUUCGGUGCAAGACCACAGAGUUCGAAACAGUGUGGUGGACAUUCCUCCGGCAGAGAAUGCACAAGCAGAUGCAGCAGCUGGGGCAAACAAGAUGGGAAGGACGGUUUCUAUGCAGAGAGUCGCAAGCUUGGAGCAUCUCCAGAAGCGCAUCCGCGCCUCCUCGGAUACUCAAGGCACCGGAGAGCAAUAAGGCUGUACUGUAAAUCUUUGAGAGAUAAUACCACUCAUUAUUAAUCCAUUCAUGCAUUGGUUUCAAUUGUUGUCUCUAUGAAGAGAUUCAUAUCCCCCUCUUUCCAUUUGUAAGUUCCCCAUCUAACUAAUUUAUACUCCUUGAGACUCAACUUUCUAGUGACCUUUUUUACUCUGUUUA